GUUCGCGCCGACAGGAUAGAGGACUGCGAGCGCGCCUGUACUGAGACCCGAGAUUUUGUUUGCAAAUCAUUCAACUUUAGGGCCUUUUUCCCCGAUAACUGCGAAUUGAGUCAUUUUGAUUCAAAAGAAUUCAAAUACGAUAAUCCGGCUUAUUUUGAGCACAAUUCACAGUAUGACUACUACGAGCGCUCAGACAUGUCUGCAGGACCCGGACCGGGACCGGCCUCUGCCAGCGCUGACUGUAUGGAAGUGACGCAGACGUGUACACCCGAGGGAAUGGAGUUUAGUUUACGUACUUCUGAAGCUUUUUACGGAAGAAUAUAUACGUAUGGCUUCUAUGACUCGUGCUUUUUUGAUGGCAAUGGGGGCACAACUAGUGUCCUCAGAAUUAGUCGCGCGAAUGGCUUUCCCCGGUGUGGGACUCAGCAAUACGGAGAUGCCAUGACUAACAUAGUGGUCGUACAGUUCAAUGAUUACGUGCAAACGAGUCGAGACAAGAAGUAUAACCUGACCUGUUAUUUCUCGGGACCGGGAGAGGCAGUCGUCACUUCCAACUACUUGGACACCAAGACUGACGGACGCCAUCCCACACAAAUAGAGCACCUGCCGGCGCAAAAUAUACUGACCUCCAAU